AUGUUACGGAUAGUGAAGAGCAUCUCCAGACAGACUAUCGAAAUAGUGUCAGCAAAGCAGCCAGAUGUGGUGACUGUAAGUGACCAUUGUGAGGAGGUGACCGAUAACCCACAGUGGAAACCAGCACCACAAGCACGGAUGGAAAUUAAACCAGCCCGCUUGCCCGAGGCUAGUAGAGUAGAGGAGGUAGAGGAGGAGAUAGAGGAGGAGGUAGAUAACCAGAGGUCAGUGGUAGAGGAGGAGAUAGAGGAGGAGGUAGAGGAGGAGGUAGAUAACCAGAGGUUAGAGGUAGAGGAGGAGGUAGAUAACCAGAGGUCAGUGGUAGAGGAGGAGGUAGAGGAGGAGGUAGAUAACCAGAGGUUAGUGGUAGAGGAGGAGGUAGAGGAGGAAGUAGAUAACCAGAGGUCAGUGGUAGAGGAGGAGAUAGAGGAGGCGAUAGAGGAGGAGGUAGAGGAGGAGGUAGAUAACCAGAGGUCAGUGGUAGAGGAGGAGGUAGAUGAGGAGGUAGAGGAGGUGGUAGAUGAGGAGGUAGAGGAGGAGGUAGAGGAGGAGGUAGAGGAGGUGGUAGAUGAGGAGGUUGAGGAGGAGGUAGAUAACCAGAGGUCAGUGGUAGAGGAGGAGGUAGAGGAGGAGGUAGAUAACCAGAGAUCAGUGGUAGAGGAGGAGGUAGAGGAGGAGGUAGAUAACCAGAGGUCAGUGGUAGAGGAGGAGGUAGAGGAGGAGGUAGAGGAGGAGGUAGAUAACCAGAGGUCAGUGGUAGAGGAGGAGGUAGAUAACCAGAGGUUAGAGGUAGAGGAGGAGGUAGAGGAGAAGGUAGAGGAGGAGAGGUUAGAGGUAGAGGAGGAGGUAGUGGAGGAGGUAGAGGAGGUGGUAGAGGAGGAGGUAGAGGAGGAGGUAGAUAACCAGAGGUUAGUGGUAGAGGAGGAGGUAGUGGAGGAGGUAGAUAACCAGAGGUUAGUAGUAGAGGAGGAGGUAGAGGAGGAGGUAGAUAACCAGAGGUUAGUAGUAGAGGAGGAGGUAGAGGAGGAGGUAGAUAACCAGAGGUUAGUAGUAGAGGAGGAGGUAGAGGAGGAGGUAGAGGAGGAGGUAGAGGAGGAGGUAGAUAACCAGAGGUUAGUGGUAGAGGAGGUAGAGGAGGAGAUAGAGGAGGAGGUAGAUAACCAGAGGUCAGUGGUAGAGGAGGAGAUAGAGGAGGAGGUAGAGGAGGAGGUAGAUAACCAGAGGUUAGAGGUAGAGGAGGAGGUAGAUAACCAGAGGUCAGUGAUAGAGGAGGAGGUAGAGGAGGAGGUAGAUAACCAGAGGUCAGUGGUAGAGGAGGAGGUAGAUGAGGAGGUAGAGGAGGUGGUAGAUGAGGAGGUAGAGGAGGAGGUAGAGGAGGUGGUAGAUGAGGAGGUUGAGGAGGAGGUAGAUAACCAGAGGUCAGUGGUAGAGGAGGAGGUAGAUAACCAGAGAUCAGUGGUAGACGAGGAGGUAGAGGAGGAGAGGUUAGAGGUAGAGGAGGAGGUAGUGGAGGAGGUAGAGGAGGUGGUAGAGGAGGAGGUAGAGGAGGAGGUAGAUAACCAGAGGUUAGUGGUAGAGGAGGAGGUAGUGGAGGAGGUAGAUAACCAGAGGUUAGUAGUAGAGGAGGAGGUAGAGGAGGAGGUAGAGGAGGAGGUAGAUAACCAGAGGUUAGUAGUAGAGGAGGAGGUAGAGGAGGAGGUAGAUAACCAGAGGUUAGUAGUAGAGGAGGAGGUAGAGGAGGAGGUAGAGGAGGAGGUAGAGGAGGAGGUAGAUAACCAGAGGUUAGUGGUAGAGGAGGUAGAGGAGGAGAUAGAGGAGGAGGUAGAUAACCAGAGGUCAGUGGUAGAGGAGGAGAUAGAGGAGGAGGUAGAGGAGGAGGUAGAUAACCAGAGGUUAGAGGUAGAGGAGGAGGUAGAUAACCAGAGGUCAGUGAUAGAGGAGGAGGUAGAGGAGGAGGUAGAUAACCAGAGGUCAGUGGUAGAGGAGGAGGUAGAUGAGGAGGUAGAGGAGGUGGUAGAUGAGGAGGUAGAGGAGGAGGUAGAGGAGGUGGUAGAUGAGGAGGUUGAGGAGGAGGUAGAUAACCAGAGGUCAGUGGUAGAGGAGGAGGUAGAGGAGGAGGUAGAUAACCAGAGAUCAGUGGUAGACGAGGAGGUAGAGGAGGAGGUAGAUAACUAG